GAGGCCGGGGAGGGGCACGCGCGACAGCAGCCCCAGGCUCCGCCCGGCCUGAGCCCGAGGGGACGCCCGAGCUGCCGCGCCGCGCCAGCCAGGUCGAGGGAGGGGAGCGGAGCGGAGCUGCACCGGGCCUCUACCCGCUGGCAGCCAGAGUGGGACAGCUGGGAGGCUCCGGGUCCGGCCUGGUGUCCCCGGCAGAGGCUCCUGCCUGUCUGCCAUGCCUCGUCCCUCAGCUUCGCGGGUUUUUUUUUUUGGCCGCCUGUGUGGCUUAGCAGCCCUGGGCUGGGCUGGCCGAUGAUAUUUCGUUAGGCUGAGCAGGCACAGGGCAAUGACCUCGGCGUCACUGCCGGUGCUACUGCAACGGUUUCAGCAGAUGUUUCUGUUUGCGUGCGGCUGUGCUCCGCUGCAGGAACAAACGGCUCAUGCGACGGUCGUGUGUCCGCAGCCACUCGUCCUCUUUUCAAACACGGCACGUUGGCAGGUUGCAAAAGAAUGAGAUAUAGGGAUUUUAUUGGGUUCCCGAGAGCUUUUAUGGGAUGAUUAUCAGAAUUGUAAUCAAUUUUACAGCUGAAUUCGAAGAUGAAUCUAAUAAAACCAGCCUCAGUUCACUUGCUUGCACAGGUCGAUCUUCAGGAAGGAUUUUUGUUGGCGAUUUACAGGUUUUGGGGCUGUAUCUUUGCAAAAGGGUUCUAAGUUUGGAAUUAAAUAAAGAUAGAGAAGUGGAAAGAAUACAUGGGAGUGGUAUCAACACCCUUGAUAUUGAGCCUGUUGAGGGAAGAUACAUGUUAUCUGGUGGAUCAGAUGGUGUUAUUGUACUUUACGACCUCGAGAACUUGAGCAGAAAACCAAGUUACACGUGUAAAGCACUUUGUUCUGUGGGAAGGAGCCAUCCUGAUGUACAUAGAUUCAGUGUGGAGACUGUCCAGUGGUAUCCCCAUGACACUGGCAUGUUUACAUCCAGCUCCUUUGACAAAACCUUGAAAAUAUGGGAUACAAAUACUUUACAACCUGCAGAUGUAUUUCACUUUGAAGGAACAGUCUAUUGCCAUCACAUGUCUCCAGUUGCUACAAAGCAUUGUUUAAUAGCAGUUGGUACCAAAAGCCCCAAAGUACAGCUCUGUGACUUGAAAUCUGGAUCUUGUUCUCACAUUCUGCAGGGUCACAGGCAAGAAGUACUGGCAGUAUCUUGGUCCCCACGUCAUGAAUAUGUUUUGGCAACAGCAAGUGCUGACAGUAGAGUAAAAUUAUGGGAUGUGAGAAGAGCAUCUGGAUGUCUGAGUACACUGGAUCAGCACAAUGGAGAAAAGUCCAAAGCAUCUUCUGAGGCAGCAAACACUGCUCACAAUGGGAGAGUUAAUGGUUUAUGCUAUACUAGUGAUGGACUUCAUCUGUUGACCAUUGGUACAGAUGAUAGAAUGCGACUCUGGAACAGCUCCACUGGAGAAAACACAUUAGUGAAUUAUGGGAAGGUCUGUAAUGAAAGUAGAAAAGGACUCAAAUUCACCAUCUCUUGUGGCUGUAAUCCAGAUUUUGCCUUUGUACCCUAUGGGAGUACCAUUGCUAUUUAUACAGUUUUCACAGGAGAACUGAUAACUGUGCUUAGAGGGCAUUACAGUACUGUUGACUGCUGUGUAUUUCAACCUAAUUUUCAGGAACUUUAUAGUGGUAGCAAAGAUUGCAAUAUCCUUGCAUGGAUACCAGCUCUUCGAGAGGCAGUUCCUGAUGACAUUUCUGAGAAGUCUCUGCCUCAACAGCAUUUACAUCCAGCAUAUGAAGACGCAUGGAGCAGCAGUGAUGAUGAAGGCUGAAUUGCAAUUGUAAUGAUAUAAAACAGACAUUCAGGCACUGUGUUCACAGACUUUAUCUACAGAAUUUGGUGGUGUUAGAUUUAUUACAAGUGAAUUUUUGGUAACCUUCUGUUAGAGCAAGGUCUUUCAGAAAUAAGUUUCCACUAUUCUCUGUGUUCAUUCUUCACUGAUACAGUUCAACCUAAAGGAUUACUUUUUUGUACUUACCACUUUUAUACUUUCCCUUACCAUUGCUACACUUUAUUCAGUACUGAACAGCUGAUAAAGGAAAAAUAAAAGCCCUUGGGACCAGCUGA